ACGGCGGACAAGCUAUGCGGUGAAGCUCACGGCGGAAAGACAGUGAUUAAAUCCCAAGAAAUGGUCGAGGAAGAACCAAGAAACAUCCAGGAAAUAGUGUACAUUCCACGACGUUCAGGGAAGCAGUCAAACCAGUAUGUGGCUGCCGUGAUAGUGAACAUCCUGUCGUUCGUGAGCGGCAGCACGUACGGCUGGAUGGCGCCGAUGCUGCCCGUGCUGCAGGGCGAGGACUCCCCGCUCGGCAUACCUCCAGUCUCGAACACCGAUGCCUCGUGGCUGGCCUCCAUCCCCAGCAUGUCCCGCCUGCUCACCAUCCCCCUGUACGGCUACGCCAUGGACAGGCUCGGCCACAAGGUGACCGGCUACCUCAUCGCCGCACCGUUCCUGAUCAGCUGGCUGUUGCUGCUGUUCGCCGACUCCUUGAGCAUGCUGUUCUGGUCCAGGAUCAUCACUGGAUUGGCUUACGGCGGCAUCACGCUUUUUGUGCCUUCUUACACGAUUGACAUCGCCGAAGACAACAUCAAAGGACGCCUCGGCGUCUUUUUUGUGUUGUCGAUGAACAUCGGCUGCACUUUCGCGUACAUCAUGGGCUCCUACACGUCGUACGCGGUGUUCCACUGGACGCACACGGUGAUCCCUGUCAUCUUCAUCGUCGCCUUCUUCUGGAUGCCCGAGUCCCCGCUGUUCCUCAUGACGGCAGGGAAGGCAGAAGAGGCGAAGGACGCUCUGAGGUGGCUGAGAAACGGCGAGGACUGUGAAAUAGAACUGGAGAGAUUACAAUUCAGGGCGCAGGAGAUUUUGGAGGAGAGGAAGCGGAAGGAGUCCGGGACGACCAUCCCUGCGAGCUUGGCCACCAUCCUGAUAGGAGCCCUGCAGACCGUGGGCUCGCUGCUCUCCUCCAUAACGAUAGAGAGAUCCGGCAGGAGGGUGCUGCUGAUCUCCGGCGACGUCAUCAUGGCCGUCUGCCUCGCGACGCUGGGUCUCUACCUGUACCUGAGGGGGCUGGGCUGGGACGUGGCGGUGGUCGGGUGGCUGCCCGUCGCCUGCCUGUCGGCCUACGUCCUGGGCAUGGGCGCGACCUUGGGCCCGCUGCCCUUCAUGCUGGCGACGGAGAUGGUGACCCCGCAGGCGCGCAGCGUGGUGCAGAGCGUGUGCGUGGUGGCGGUCGCCUCGGCCACCUUCGCCGCCAACAUGAGCUUCCUGCCGCUGGUGGCGCUGGUGGGCCAGCACGGCUGCUUCCUGCUGUACGCGCUGGUGUGCGUGGUGGGCGCGGUGUGCGUGUUCCUCACCGUGCCGGAGACCAAGAACAGGAGCAUCGAGGAGGUCGUCGAGCAGCUCAAGAGCGACCACUACGUCCGCUCCGUGCUGCGAGGACGCCCGCGCCAAAAUGAACCCAUGAAUCUGAAAUGUACUGAGUGAUUGCGGCAAAUUGAUAUAGGUUCCCAGAUAGCAAAAAAAAAAAAAAAAAAAAACUUCAAUCGAGCUUUCCAUGGUAAGAGUGUGAGUUUGAACGAAGCUUGCAUCAAACUAACUAGUUUACACCCGGCAAGCUUGCAGCAAGCCUUCUACGACAAUCUUGAAUCAAGCUUGCCAUGAAAAGUGUUUAAGUUUGAAUCUACCUUGUAUCAAUAUUGCCAUGUUAAGUGUGUCAGCUUGAAUCAAGCUUAAUUCAGCUUACUAGUUUACACACGACAAGCUUGCAGCAAAACUUCCACGACAAGCUCGAAUCAAGCUUGAUUCAAGUUAACUAGUUUGCACAUGACAA